GUCUCGAUCCACGUUGCCGCUGUUAUCCCACCCCGCCCAUGAGCUGGGUAUGGACGGUUUUGGGAACGAUCUACCUUGACACCCCACCCCAACCCCCCAAUCACCCUGCCCCCCACUCACAGCCAUGACUUGACGGAGAUAAAUAAUAUCAAUAUGGAGGGCGAUAAAUGUGACCCGGACAGGCCCGCUCACCCGGGGAUUUUCCCGGCCGGCGAGGCCGGGCAGAGCGAACGCCCGUCGCCGGGGCGCAGCGUGGACUUCCCGGUGUCCGUGGUUCUGCCGGCCGGCGGCACCGGAGAGAGGACCGGACUGCAGACACCAAAGCAGUUCUGCUCGUUCCUGGGUAGACCGCUCAUAAGCUACACUAUCCGGGCUUUCGAGAGGGUGUCAUGGAUCCAGAGCAUUGUGGUGGUUGUUGCCAAAGAAAACAUGGACCUGAUGACGGACAUCAUCCAGCGCUUCCAGCACAGGAAGGUUCGAGUGGUGCCAGGCGGCUUGACUCGACACAGGUCAAUCUGCAACGGGGUCCUGGCUCUGGGUGAGCGGGAGAAGGUGGAGGAGGAGAGGCUACCGGCGGACAGGCCGAAGGUGGUCAUCAUCCAUGAUGCAGUGCGGCCGUUCGUGGAGGAGGACUUUCUGUACAAGAUAGCCAUGGCUGCUAAGGAACAAGGGGCAGCGGGAGCUAUCCGACCCCUGGUUUCAACAGUGAUAGCCACCACAUCAGAGGGAUACCUGGAUCACUCUCUGGAGCGGGCCAAAUACAGAGCCAGCGAGAUGCCUCAGGGAUUCACAUACGAUGUCAUCCAUCAAGCCUAUCAGAGGUGUGCUGAGUCAGACUUUGAGUUUGGCACCGAGUGUCUCCAUCUGGCUCUGCAGUACUGUGGCACCAAUGCCAAGCUCAUCGAGGGUCCGCCAACACUGUGGAAGGUAACCUACAAACGGGAUUUGGCUGCUGCAGAGUCCAUUAUCAAAGAGACUCUAUCUCAGUCGGCCUGUGUUAUCACGGGGGGAUCUGCAGAAGCUGUGACGUUGGCCGACGCCCUCCAGAAGGCUGCUGGAGCUCUGGACAUGGAGCUGGACGUCCUCACAGAUCUUAUGGAGGACAAGGGCAGGUACCUGUUGAAGGAGUGGAACUUCAUCCGGGUUUCUGUCAAUCGUUCUUGCCUGUCUGAAGUGGAGUCCAUACUGAUGGAUCUGGAGGCAGCGAAUCGAGCUCUUCUUCACCCAGUGGUCGUCAUUUGGGUGCAUUUGAGCAGUUCGGCUGAGCUGUCCGUCAGCGGGACGAUGCCAGAGCCAGCGGCAAUCAUGGACUUGGCCUCAGCAGCCAAGCUCCGAAAUAUUCUUCUCUAUGGCAUCCAGCUUCAUCAGUCAAAGGACACAGAGCGUUGGGAGAGUUCAGUGAUGAAGGUUGCUGAAAUCACUUCAGCCCUGAUCCGGGAGAGGAGCCCCGCCCUGGUGGGACAGCUUCUGCAGGCAUGAAGGGUAGCAGCAACAACAGGAAAUCCCAUCCACAUGCCUGAAAGCAGCAGGGAUGAGAUGGUUACACUUUUUUUUCUGCUCUAAAUCCAUCUCCUUGUCAAUUACAGCAAGGUUUAAAAGGGUUACUCACAUGAUUAAAUGUUGGACUUCCAUAAAGUUUGGGGACAUUGGCGAGACUUAAAAACAGAAUCAAACACUUUUAGUCCCAGGUGUGUGUCAAGCUCCAGAAACCCUGAAUGCUACUCUUCCUAUACUGCAACUCAAGAGCUUUUUUUGUUAAACUCCCCCCGGCCUGCUGCACGCUCACGUUGUUCAAACUCAAUUCCCCGUUUUUGUAGGAGCAAAAGAAAACUUUAUGUAAUUGUUUUCAUAGUCUGAAAACAUUAAACCAUGAUUUCUAAAUUGACUUUGGCGUGAAAUCGGUGAAGUGUCCCCUUAAUAACCAUUUGCCAGCCAAUUUUGGUAGUGGCAAUGAUAGGUUAAGCUAGAAUUUGGGGUAAUCAACCAUAAUUUGAAGGCAGUGGUCUAUUCUAAAAAUGCGGUUGAUUGUUAAUUGGCCAGUGUUUUUUGUUUUUUUUGUGGUGCACCAGUGGCAAAUGAAAGAGAAAGUUACAUCUCCUGUCCACAUUAGUUAAAAACUUUUUUAAAAAUGCUCGUUGAAGAAUUGUUUGGGAUAUUAAAACGGAAAAAUAAUCGACACAUUCGAGUAAACACAUUUUAAAGGUGCUACAUAGACUUUGGUUUGUUUUUGUACCAGUGUAUUUUUCAGAAAUUAAAGCCCCCGUGUAUAAGAUUCAACCUUCAAACUUUGAAGACUCUUAGUGGUAGUAUUAAUAGACACAGCAAUGCACACCGCAAGCAACACAUACAGUAAUGUAAUAAUUCAGCACAUAGAGGCUUUUAAAUGGCUAUAAAACAAUGAGACCACUGAGAAAAUUGUUAGCCCCCUAUUGGGCUCAACAAUCAUUGCUUGAAGAUUUAAAGAGAGGGGACAUUUAGAGUUUUUCCAGUUUUCCAGAGUGUUUGGCAACUGACGGUCACAAAAAAAUCCCCUCCAGUAUUUUUGUCCUUUUCAGUAAAGCACAAAGCAACGGGGAGGAUCGUUAUUUAUGCAGACUGUGGUGUUACCUUCUAGUAAGACCAGUGCUAACAUUAUCAAUGCCGUGAGCCCGAGGCUGCCUGUCAUCCAAGCUCUGGUCUCAUUUGUUCACCAGACAUAUCAUAAGUACUUUGACAAUAUACUGAUGUUUGGAAAGAGGCAUGGCAACAAAAGCGUGUAUAAAUGAUCACAAACAACAAAUGAUUUCCAACCUUGCCCCCAACCUGCAUUAACAAGUUAUAUCACUACAUUAACUUAUUACUGUGUAAAUUCAAACUACAGUAUGUAUCUCAGUGAAAAUGGGCAUUUGUGAGCAGACGGCUGGCUAAAUAGUAAUUUAGGGUGUGUGGUUCGAAGCUCAAAUGGUUCAAACUCUGGCGCAUUUGUUUGUUUGGUUUGUUUAGGCUGGUGUGAAAGUCGUCAAGCAAACUCUGGCGCGGUUUGUUGAUGGUGUGAAAGAAGAAAGCAAGAUUUUCCGGAAGCGUAUGUGUGGGUCUAACAUAUUUUCAAAAGCUAAACUACUAUCAAAUUCACCUUCUGGCUGUGAACUGUAAAUGAUGCCAUCUUGUAAGCGAUCUGUACAAGUGACAAAUAUAUAUAUAUGUUGAUCAUUUGGUAACCAUGGUGACUUGUGUUACUAUGGCUAAUAGCUUGUGUCUGUUUCAUUCUGUUUCUACCUGGCCAUUAUUCGUAAAAUAACCUCGACUAAUAAUGCUCACAAUCAGUUUGUUAUUCACGAGCUUCUUGUGACACCAGGGAAGAUAAAUAAACACAUAAGAAGCAGUAAAGUGCAGCAGAACUUAGUGUCAGUCGCCAAAUUUAGUUUUCACCACAAGGACCCGUCUACUGCUGAUGAUCGCAGGAUGACCACCUUAUGCCAAAACUUUCAGCGCUGACUGGAUGCUUACUUGGGUUCAUUUGAAAUGAGCCAGUGUGAACACAAACUGGUUCAGAACAGUGCAUAUUCUCAGCGUCCUUAGGGAGAACCCCCAUCCUCCCAACACACUUUGUUGGUGAGAACGUUCAAACGCCAAAAAGCUGCCAAAUGGCUUACCAGUGAACUGAGGUCCGACGUACUAUACGUGAACAAGUCAGGUGACUGAUGGAGGAGAGUUUGGGGCAUUAAUGAUAAAGAGUUAAUCUGCUGUAUUGUGUCACAACCACUGAUUCUACCAGAUGAAAAAGCUGUUAAUGACUGAAUCACCAAUAUGUAAUAAGAGGGUGCUUAUUUUUUUGUACGCCAUUAAAACUGCUUAUUUAAAGCAAUAAAGAUGUGUUUUUCAUA